GAACACUUUUAUUUGAAGAAUGUUUAACUCUUAAACGUCGAUAAACGCUAUCAAUGUGCUCUGUACACACACUUUGAGAAUGACAUAUUCCUCCAAACGGUAUCGUCUCAAACGUUCUUGGCAUUCUAAUCGUCGUUGUUUUCGGUGGGGAAAUGUUUUGAAUCGAAUGGCCGAUGGUGCUUUCGCCACAGCCUAGUAAAAACUGAAGUUGCCGCGGGGGAUCGAAGAAAUAGAAACGGCGAACACGCAUUUCUUUGUCAACGGCACCUGGCCUUCAUUGGCCUCGCGACGUCAACACACUCGACGCUUCUCGCGGGAAAAAGGCUCUUGUUCCCGCCAUCAAACAGUUGAGCAAGACUUCUUAUCAAGAAAGAAAUGCUGAAAUUUUUGGCUCUCAAACUCAAGAACCAAUCCAUCAAUGAAGUCAAGCCUUAUGAGCCACAAUUAUUUUUACAAGAUGAGUCCGACUUAGAGGGAAGUACAGACGAGGACGACGAAUUAAAAGAGAUAAACGGAGCGCUGGUCGACAAACCUUUGAAUAACAACAAUGUGCAAGAUGAACCGCUCAAGAUCAAAGCGUCGGCUUUCGCAGGACCUGAAGGGGAAGCAGCGAAGGAAAAUAUAUUUACAGAGAGAGACACAAAGGGAGACAGCAGAGGUGGUUUUUUACCGAUAGAUAUUCCUCUAAGGGAAAGUAGUGCACCGGAAAAGCGAAAGUGGUCUCAAGUAAAUGCUCACAAGCUAUUACAACAGUUUGCCUCUGGAAACGAUAGUUCAUCGAGCGAUGACGAAAUUAAAGAACUGUGCGGUAAAAGUAGUGGACCACUUGUUCUCAGUUCAAGUCCACCUGGCAAAGUGACUGUUCUGUCGAAACAUUCUGCAUUUUCGACACGAGUGCGGCCCACUAUAUUGACAAGUGAGGGACACUCAAGGAAAAAACACCGUCUUGUUUUUGCCGAAGACGGGGGAUAUACAUCAAGACCGUCAUUAAACUUCGAGAAAAUGCAACAGAAAUCCGUCUUUAUUAAGAAGCAUACCCAUGGGGUUUCAAGACCCAGACCAGUUAGAGUAAGGAGUGUUUCAAGUGCAAGACAUAGUCGCAUCUAUGAUCCAGCUGUACUGUCCUUCAAGCCUAUACAGAUGAACCCAUCAUUCAGUCUUGCACCUGUGGAAGAACCUGGCUGUGCCUAUUAAAAUGCCUCAGCUGACUUCUUAGUGAGGUUUUGUAGUGAAGUACUACAUGAUUAACCCAGUUGUGGAUGCAUGUACAGUUGUUGUGUUUUUUGUGGAGCUCUUCACCAUUACCAAAAGAUGUUGGUGCAACCAGAGAGUCUUGUGUGCCUCAUUGCCUCUCCUUUGUUAACUACUGGUUACUAGUGUUUUUCUACAAGUUGGGGACCCAGAGGAUAACAAAAUUAUUUUAUCAGAUUGUUGAUAAUGGAAUUUUUUGCAUCAUCAUAAAGACAAAAAGAAAAGAUUGAAUGCCCAUUUAUUCUGGGUUUAUUACUAAACAUCACUCCAUUAUUUGGAGAAGUUAGAUAAUCAGAUUUAAAAGACAUGUAUAAAUUCAGGUGUUCACUCAGUAGUGGUCAUGUAACAAUCGCUAAACUCUGUCUAGGCCAUUAUCAAAAACCAAAAGGGGAAUGAACAGAAUUUCUAAAAUUGAACAUCAUUACUGUUACAGUCCUGUAAAUUUUGUUUGGCUUGAAAUUUACCCUUUCCUGUGUCAAUCUGCUCGAUUUUCUUACAUUGAAAUAAGUGGACACAGGGCUCGACACUGAUGAUAGCCAACUAGCCACAAACUAGUAGAAAUUUAGUUUUGGCUAGGGGUUUUUGAUU